AUGAAACAACACAAUGAUACGGAGAACUCACAGUUUCUUCUCCUGGGACUUUCAGAAGACCCAGAACUGCAGCCCCUUAUAUAUAGGUUCUUCUUCUCCAUGUAUCUUGUGACCAUUUUGGGGAAUCUUGUCAUCAUCCUGGCCACGAUCUCAGACUUCCACCUGCACACAGCCAUGUACUUCUUCCUCUCCAACCUGUCUUUUGUGGACAUCUGCCUAACCUCCACCACCAUCCCAAAGAUGCUGGUGAAUGUUUUUGCACACCACAACACCAUAACUUACGAAGGCUGCAUCAUGCAAAUAUACUUUUUCGCAUUAUUUGUAGGGCUGGAUAACUUCCUCCUGGCUGUAAUGGCUUAUGACCGCUUUGUGGCCAUCUGCCACCCCCUGCGCUACACCAGCAUUAUGACACCUCAGCUCUGUGUGUCACUGGUUCUGGUGUCCUGGAUCACAAGUUCCUUGAAUUCUUCAUUGCAAAGCUUCCUGGUGUUGCAGCUUUCCUACUGUGCUAAUGUGGAAAUUCCACACUUUUUCUGUGAACUUAGCAUGUUGAUUCACCUUGCCUGCUCUGACACCUUUUUAAAUGAUAUGGUAAUGAAUGUUUUAGCUACAAUCCUGGGUGGUGGUUGUCUUGCUGGCAUCCUUUACUCUUAUGCCAAGAUAGUGUCCUCUAUAAGGGCAAUCUCCUCAGCACAGGGGAAGUACAAAGCCUUUUCCACCUGUGCAUCUCAUCUCUCUGUUGUCACCUUAUUCUAUUGUACUCUCCUGGGAGUGUACCUCAGUUCUGCUAUGACCCAAAACUCACACUCCACUGCAAUAGCUUCAUUGAUGUACACUGUAGUCACCCCCAUGCUGAACCCCUUCAUCUACAGUCUGAGGAACAAGGACAUCAAGAGAGCUCUGAAGAAGAAUUUUGAGGAAGAAAUUAGAAAAGUGAUUACUGUCUUGGGUCUUAAAUUUUGA